AUGGAAUCGGAUGAUUAUAUACCGCAGUUUUCGCAGUUGCCAAAGACAUCACUUAUCAACAGUUACUAUGCCAGCGACGGAAACAACAUGCCAAAUACCUAUCCGCCGAACGGUAGAGUUUCGGAAACAGCGUCUCCGGCUACCGCAUUGUACGGAGUUGAUUUUGACCGAACCGCUUUCGAAAACGUGCAGUUUUGCACCCCUGCGGUUCCUGCCUACCCUCAACAAGAGCUCUCAGCGGUAGUAGCAAAAAGGAAGAGAAGACCAUCGACUGUGCAAAAGAAAAGCGGUGUUAGGGCAAAGACGUUGAGGCCCCCGAAGGUGAUAGACAACGUUCAGCUCUGUAACAGUCCGAUGUCAAUUCCUCCAAGUGUAUUCAUGCCAGGCGAACUAGCUUCUAGUUCUAGGAUGCAAUAUGGAGACUAUGGUAUGGGUAAGAAUUGUUAG